AUGCAGGAAGAGGCCCGAAAUACAGAGACACAUCAUAGGUUAAGAGAUAAUGGCAAUCUUCGCAGCAAGGCGGUAGCUUUCGUGAGCGCCGGAGAGCUACAACGAAGCGAAUUCGAGGAUGUGGAGGAAGACGACCAAAUGCAAGACGGUGUCGAAAACGAAAACGAAAAAGCAGCAGAAGCAGAACCACAAACCGAGUGCAUCACUGAAAUCGAACAAAGUAACGAGGAGGCUCCUGCCAAGGAGAGCGAUGAACCGUUGUUCGUUCUUGACUCGGUCGGAGAAACGGUUCCCGAUACAGGACUGUCUGACCCGGCACCGCUCGCGGAUCCAGACAUUUCGGACGACAGCAGCGAGGAUGAAGUGGUCUUUACCGGGCGGAACAAUAAACCGAUAGUCAUCGAGACGGACGAACGCGAUCUUCGAAUACUUCAGAACCUCCAAGAACCGGCACCCCAAAGCGUACCGGUACUCCAGACGGAGGAGCUCACAUUACGGACUCAAGAGUCACAUCCAACGCCAGCGCAGAGCCGCCGCAAACCGCCCGCGAGGGAGAGAUUUAAAUGGUCACCCGAUAAUGAUGAUAUUCUGGCGGAUUACAUCGCCAAUAUGGAUCAAGAUAGUGAAAGUGAGAGUGAGAGUGAGAGCGAGGCAGAGGAAGAGAAUAGUCGGGUCCAAGCCGGACCCGAGGGUGGCAUGGGGGUUCAAGCAAAUAUUGACGAGACUGGUGUCGAAAGCUCAAUCGACGGUAAGUUCCCUAGACCACCAGUGCUAUCGAAAAUGCAUAUUGACACCAAGCCCGACAACCUAACCAUCAACAUCGCCUCAGACGUCGAACUGGACACGCCAAAUACAUCGGACCUGGAGGAGCUCGACUCGGAUGAUGAAGACCUAGACGCCGACAUCCUCGAGCAAUUAGCCCUGGAGUAUGCUCAAACUCACAAAAAGAAAGGCAAAAGCGGCAAAUCUGGAUUCCCGUCCGCAUCGGCUUUUGCGGAUGCAAUUGAUGCUGAUCCUUACUAUGGGUUCGACAUUAUGGACUUUGAACGACCAAGCUUGUCGAAAUCGGGUAAGGGUAAGAAGCAGCCGCCUGACUUUGACUUGAUGUUGUCCGAUAGUGAAUUGGAAAUGUAUAUGCAAGACGUAUGGCAGACCGAUCGCAAGAAGAAGGCAGCGAAGAAGAAGGAGAGAGAAGAGCUUCGUUCCCAGGGUGUUCUUGGGAAAGACCCCGAAGAUGCGGAUUUGAGACAGAGAUACUCAAAGGGAAUGAAUAUGGAGGACUUGAUGACUGAGAUUCGGGCGUUCCUCAUGUCAUCGAAAACAACCUUGUCAUUACCACCCAUGACUAAGAAUCGUCGCAAAACGAUUCACGAAUUGGCGAAUGUUGUGAGCCUCAAGUCCCAAUCCAAGGGAAACGGCCUUACUCGAUUCCCCAUUCUCAUCAAAACAUCUCGCACUCCGGGUUACACACGCAAGACCAUCUCGAAGGUCGAUUCUCUAUUAUCUGGAAGGAAGUUGAACCGUCGCUUGUUCGCAUCAUGGGGUGCGGAUGGCCAUGGGAAACAAACAAAGGCCAAGCCCAGAGGAGGAGGCGGUGUCACUUCAGGCGUCACCUACAUGGAUGGAGAUGUGGUCGGCGGAUCGGCACCGGAGAUUGGAGCUGGAAAUCGUGGCCGAGCCAUGUUGGAGAAGAUGGGUUGGAGUAGUGGGACGGCUCUUGGAGCUUCCAACAACAAGGGUAUCCUUCAACCUGUUACGCAUGUGGUCAAGAAUUCGCGAACGGGUCUUGGAUAA